GCGUGGAGACUCCAGACACAAGGUGUUUGUUCUCUGCUGAUUGAAACGUAAAGGGGCGUUCCGUGACGUCAGCAGCCUCCGCCGCCUACAGAGAGCGGCCGGUGGUUGCUAUUCACGACGGAGAUGCGGUGAUCGCAGCGCCCCCUGUCACUGUGUGUGUGUGUGAUCGGCGGAGAUCGGGACCGAUGACAGAGUCCGGGGCGUGCGGAGCUGAGCCUGACACUGGCAGCAGCAUGGAGGGCAUCCUGUACAAGUGGACCAAUUAUCUGAGUGGAUGGCAGCCACGUUGGUUCCUAUUGUGUGGAGGCAUUCUCUCUUAUUAUGACUCCCAGGAAGAUGCAUGGAAAGGUUGUAAGGGAAGUAUUCAGAUGGCCGUCUGUGAAAUUCAAGUUCAUCCUACAGAUAGCACACGGAUGGACCUGGCUAUUCCGGGAGAACAGUACUUCUAUCUGAAAGCCAGGACAGCGGCAGAGCGACAGCAGUGGCUGGUGGCGCUGGGAUCUGCAAAGGCCUGUAUAACUGACAUAAGAACCAAGAAAGAGAAGGAGUUUAGUGAUAGCACGGAAGCUCUGAAAACGAAGAUGUCUGAACUAAGGCUGUAUUGUGAUAUCUUAGUCCAGCAAGUUAACAAAACAAAGGAAACAUCUACUGUUAGUUCCUCAGAUCCUCAGGAUGAAAUUAAUAUGGGAGCCCUUUUGACGUCCACAUGCAAUACGUUCCUGAAAACGCUUGAGGACUGUAUGCAGAUUGCAAAUAACACCUUCACAUCUACUCUGGUAUAUUCCACACCCCCUGAAUCUCCACACCUUUCUGUUCUCCGGCCAAACAAGGUGCGACGUUCUACUUCGACUGGCCAGAGAAAGAUGGAACUAAACAACAACCUGGAGAAUGGGCCCUUAAAAGAAGAAUCCAACCAUCAUGACCACUCACCAAUUGAAAACAUCCGCAUACUCGGUAUGGAAAUGUCAGAAUCUAUUCCAAUGGCUUCCCAGGAUCCUGAGACACAUAAGGAAAGUGCAGCUGAAAGUUCACUGGAUAAUGUUUCCUCAGAGAGCUCGGGUGUCUGCGAUCUACAGGAUGAGACGGACACACAUGCCAGUCUACCUGCAGUAGGCAGUACAUUGCAGCAGGAUGAAGGAGGAGGGACGUCAGAUGAAGGUGGAGGAGGUACAGAGGUGGAGCUGCCGGAAACAUUUUUCAGCACGAUGACUCACAGAUUCAGUGAUCUUGUCUAUGAAGGUGAAGAUGGCAUUCCAACAGAAUACUUCCUGAAUUCCUGUUACGCAAUAGUCCCUGUUCUAGAUAAGCUUGGGCCAACAGUGUUUGCACCAGUAAAAAUGGAUUUUGUUGGGAACAUAAAGAAAAUAAAUCAGAAAUACAUCACUAAUAAAGAAGAGUUAACAACACUACAAAAGAUUGUUCUCCAUGAAGUAAAUGCUAACUUGGCGCAAGUGCGAAAUUCUGCAACUGAGGCCCUUCUGUGGCUGAAGAGGGGGCUCAAGUUUUUAUUUCAGUUCCUUUCUGAAGUGAAGAAUGGUGAAAGCAAUAUCCAGACAGCAUUAAGUAAUGCUUAUGGUAAAACACUGAGACAACAUCAUGGCUGGGUGGUACGAGGUGUAUUUGCGCUUGCUUUAAGAGCUGCUCCAACAUAUGAAGGGUUUGUGGCUGCUCUGGCUGUACAUGAAGGGGAUGAAAAGCACAAGUUUUUCUUUGAUGGAAUGAUGAGAGACCUUAACCUAUACCUGCCAGCUAUGGAAAAGCAGCUAAACCUUUUGGACACAUUGUAUGAAGAACAUGGCUUGGAGUCUGAUGAAGUAGUAUGACUGGAGGAAGUAUCUCUUACAAUGCAGAUAUUUGGUGUCUAAUGUAGAGAGAGCAUCAUCACGGAAGGUGCAAAGAUGGCUGCCACGUAUAUGAUGUGUAAACCAUACAGAAUUAAGGGCUCACUUUCGGAGCCCCCACCAUAUUGUUAUGUACAAUCAGAUUUUGUAUUAAUAAACCUCUUAAGUACUUAUUCUCCUUCUGGAGGUAUCUGACAAGCUUUUAGUCAAUAUGGACUUCAAAUCUGUGGGAUUCUUCAGAUGCUUAUUUAUAUACUGAACACUGUUUUGCUCUAUGUACAAAUGGUAGUCUUUUUGUUUUGUUUUUUUAUAAUAAGGCUGUUUUUAAGCCAAUGUAUGUCCGAAGGAGAAUACUUUAAGGCCAUUUGGGAAAAGUGGUGCAAUUUCCAAUAAAACCUUGUUUGUGAUUGGUG